AUGGCUUCCCCGAAUGCGAGGACUCUCUUUCAUCUAGUGCCUGGAAACUCCGUUGCCAAAGAUGCGCUGUCCCUGCCUGAGAAUCGCCGCUUCGUCUCCACUAGCGCUCUCCAAGAACCCGGCCUGGAGGUCGGAUUUCAUGUCGCGUCUACAGGAGGCUUCGUGAUCGCCAGGCUCGGCCGGAAAGGAGAUCUGGUGCUCAAUCGAAAUACCAGUUCAGAGCCCAUGUGCAGAGAACACGUCGCGUUUGAAUUCCAAGAUACCACCAAGCUCAUACAUUUGGUCGUCAGGUCGAAAAAGCAAGAGUCCACCGUCGCUGUUGGGCUUCUUGUCGAUUCCAGACUCCGACCUCAACGUGGCACACUCUUGGAGAGUGACGAUGUCAAUAAAGUAGUCGACGGAGAGGUCGUUAUGCUCUACGGGCAAAACUACAACAUCCAAAUUUCAUCGUACCGAUUCGACCUAGUCUGGACAGUCUCUUCCUCGCGCGAUCCACCACAUGUCAACAACGAACGCCUCAAGGAACUCGCUUGGGCUUGCUUCCGACAAUCCAUGUCCAUGUUGAAGGGCUUGGGAUCUCGCGACUUGCCUACUGGCUUCGAGCGAUCAGAGCAGGUUUCACACAGGAUCACCAGGCCACGAACAGCGAAGCAGGCACUUUUUCGAGAAAACAAGGCACUUCGUCAAUUUGUGGGAAGAGGCACCUUCGGCACCGUGUACAGGAGCGUUGAUGCAGAGACCUCUGCUCCGCUUGCCAUAAAGGUGGUCCAUCUAGGCAAUUAUCCCAAAGACAAGGAAGACGGGGCUCGGGCUCUUUUCCACCGAGAGCUCAAAACUAUGCAGAGUCUCAAUCACGUGAAUAUCAUCGAGAUUCUGGGCUACGACAAAGUCGAUACUCUCGAGCCUGAGAUGAUUAUGCCCUAUCGAUCUGGCUCGUUAAGCACUUUCGUCGGCCUCAAGAUGCCGGAAGCACAAUACGAACAAGCAUGUCGGGACAUUUUAGAGCAAAUGCUCUGCGCUCUGGAUUACCUUGUCAACUUUGGUGUAGUACACCGUGACCUGAAGCCAGAAAACAUCCUGUACGAUCCCGGCAUCUCACCAGGUAGCUACAUUUUCCAAUUGGCCGACUUUGGGCUCGCAAAUCACCAAAAGCUCGCGAAAACAAUGUGCGGCACCGUCGCGUACCAAGCUCCCGAGCUCUGGCCAGAGCUUUCGGCACUUUCAGAAUCGGCCUACAAACAGAGCCACAAGAUGGACGUUUGGUCACUCUACGCAGCAUUUGUCGCAAUGUCGAGCAAGAUGAAGGCUUUCCCGCCCCGUGCUAAAAAUAGCAUUAGCGUUCAUGAGCUUUACAGGAAUUCCAAGAAGCUGCUCAUCGACUCUGUCAAGAUUCACAAACAGCUCGCGCCCAUGGCUGAGCUCGAACCGGACCGCCGCGCAUCGGCUGCGUGGAUGCUGAACAGCCUGUUUGGAGGCCGAGGCUUGACGACGCGCCCAGGGAAGAUUGAGCCAUACUAUCCGCCGGGCACUUCUCCUCCCCGCCCUGUGCGCGUUCAGACAGUACCUCGCCGCCAGUGGUCAAGUAACAUGGACAUCGACGAACCGCAGAACAUGGCCACCCCCAAGCUAGCACUCCCGCAAGGUGGUAGAGCGGACGUUGACAUUCCAAUCAUUGUACACACUCGUGCGGUCCUUGAUCGGCGAGAUGCGCAACUAGUUCAACAGAAAAUUCGCAAACAAGGUGGAGGUGUUGUCAAACGUCGGGCCAAGCCUCGACACCCUGUUGCUAUUCGAUGA